AUGAAUAGCAAGAGAUUACUGCUAGAUCAGAUAACCAAGAGAAUCCAGCAUAAGUUUGGCUUUGACUAAAAAUCCUACUUUCUAAUUCAGCAGUGCGUCAAAGAAAAAUUAGUAGAUAAGUCGAAACUCAGCCCUUAGGAAUUGCAAGAGAUCGAAGAAUACAUUAAAAAUCUGGAUUACAUUAAGUUAAACAGAGAUAACAAGUAACUGACAUCUGCUUCAAUUAAGAAUCUUAAUCAAACAGCUAACCUAGGCUCAAUUGGUGAUCUUGAGGCCUCUCCUCUCAAGAGUGUCAAUGAAUCUAAAUUAGACGACUCAAAUGUCUAUCAGUUAGACUAUUUCUCUAGAAGGUCAGGGUCUAACGCUAAUUACCCAAAUAAAAACAAUUUAGACACCAGCUCUAAUAUGGGUAGGGUCAAUUUAAGAGGAAAUUUAGAGCAGAUUUCAAGAGCUGGAAAUGAUAUCGUCUCUUCCUAUCAAUCAUCUAGGAACACUAACUUAUCAGUGAAGGCUUAUUCUACAAAUAAAAUCAAUGAACUCAAAGCCAAGUAGCACGAGGAUGAAUGGGCUUAGAUUCUCAAGGCAGAUAUAGAUAAAAAGAAUUAAAUUGAAAAGGAGAAGUAACUUUCAAUGUAAAACUAAAAGAAGAACUUACAAGAUUUUCUGCAGAUGCAAGUUGAAGAGAAAAAAAGGAAGGAAGAAAUGCAAAAAUUGUAAAAGCAAAAUGACCUCAUUGAUCUCGUUGGAACCUUAAGAAAUGAUAUUCAGUAGAUAGACCAUGAGAAGUCGUAAGUCAUUCAAAAGAAACAAUACGAAAAAGAGUUAAAAGUUGGUCAACUUCAUCUUGACUAAAAGAAAAAAGAACUAGAUAAGUAACUUAGAUAUGAAGAGGAAUUAUAUACAGAGACAUCACUUCCAUUUGAUAAAUAUAAGCAAAAGGAGAUUCUAGAAAAGAAGGAGUAGGUCAAGUUAUACAGUUAAGUUAACGAGAAAGUUAUGGCUCAAAAGCAAUAGGAGAAGUAGAUUAAGAAACUAGAAGAAGUGAAAAAAUCACCUGAGGAGCCAUUUUUAGAUAGAUUAAUGGUUAAGAAUUUUAAGAUGUACCAAAAUGAUCAUGAGAGUAGGUUGAAAUUGUAGGAGCAAUCAGCUGAUAUCUAUAGGAAAGCUCAUCAGAAUGAUGUCUCUAUCUAAGAACUUGCUUAUAAAGAUGAAGUCAAGGCUAGACACCAUGUUGACGUUUAACUGAGAAAGUAGUAGUAAUAUAAUGGUCUUGUGGAAUAAAAGCGUUAAAAGGACAUUGAAGAGUACAAGAAAUGGCAGCAGCUUCAUGACCAGGAGAAAUAACAAAAGGAAAUGGCUUAGAAAAUGCAGUAUUCAGUUGAAAAGCAAAAGAUGGACGAGCACAUUCAUAAAAUCUAGAUUGAAGAGAAAAAGAAAUUUGAGGAGUCUAAAAUUUAGAAGAUCUAAUAUAGAUAUGAAAUCGAUAAUCAAGUCAAUGAAAAGAUUAAUAACUUAUUUAUUCAGAAUCACAAACUAGGACCAAAGGAGCUGAUGACUAAUAGAAGAGAACUGCAGAUCGCUCAACAGUUAAUAUGA